AUGGUUGCAAACGUCGGUGGCUACGGCCAGGUGAUCGAGUACAUUCAAGAUCGGCUAUACCUUGCUUCCUACGACAAUCCUCCGGACUCGAGAACUCCAUUCCCUUAUCCACUCGAACAACCGAAAUCUCCAAGCAAGCGCUCAGCGCGGGCUCAGCCAAGUACACCCUGCAGCAAGAGGCGAAGCCCUGUGUACUUCACAGUCGAUGACAUCCUUCUCUAUAACUCGUUCCAUGCGGACUUUGGUCCUUUACACAUAGGUCACCUGUACCGAUUUGCUGUUCAAUUCCAUGAGAUCCUUGGUGAUCCUGCGAACAGUGAGAGGGCAGUGGUCUUCUACUCCAAAACUGACUCCCGCAGCCGUGCCAAUGCAGCAUGCCUGGUUGCUUGCUACAUGGUUCUUAUUCAGUCCUGGCCUCCACAUCUGGCCCUGGCGCCCAUUGCCCAGGCAGACCCUCCUUAUAUGCCGUUUCGAGAUGCUGGAUACAGCCAGGCAGAUUUUAUACUGAACAUCCAGGAUGUGGUGUAUGGAGUGUGGAAGGCGAAAGAACAAUCACUAUGUGGCCUGAGAGACUUUAGCCUAGAAGAAUACGAGAAGUUUGAACGAGUCGAUAUGGGUGAUUUCAACUGGAUAACGCCUCAGUUCUUGGCUUUUGCUUCUCCUCAGCACCAACCGGUAGACCCGAUCCCGCUUAAUACUCCCGAAUAUGCUGCAUUACCCUCGAAAGUUUCCGAAGUGCUUGCGUCCAAGCUUCCCCUUCCCUUCAAGAAUGUGUUGGCCCAUUUUGCAACUCGCAAUGUGGGAUUGGUAGUGAGACUGAAUUCUGAGUUAUAUUGCCCAUCAUAUUUUACGGCGUUGGGAAUCUCCCAUAUUGACAUGAUCUUUGAAGACGGCACUUGCCCUCCACUGCCUUUGGUGCGACGAUUCAUUAAGAUGGCACAUGAAAUGAUCACGGUAAAAAAUAAAGGCAUCGCCGUGCAUUGCAAAGCUGGCCUGGGCCGAACUGGCUGCUUGAUUGGGGCUUAUCUCAUUUAUCGCUAUGGAUUUACUGCCAAUGAAAUCAUCGCUUUCAUGAGAUUCAUGCGACCAGGAAUGGUGGUUGGCCCCCAGCAGCACUGGCUGCAUUUGAACCAAGGCUCAUUCCGCGAAUGGUGGUUCGAAGACACAAUGAAGGAGAAAUUGGCUCAAAUUCAAGCAGCUCCGAUAACACCGAGUCGGCAGUCGACUAAGCAACGUACCCAAAAUGGGCCAAUUGCCACUCCACCAAAUAACAAUCAUUCGAAGCGGGCCGCUCUUGGGGAGAUUGAUCAUAACGAGGGUGCCGGUAUCCAUGCUGAAGAGAAUCUUCCAGCCCCAACUCCUGGUCAGCCGCGAAAGUCUCAUCGAAAGGAUUCCCGUCACCACCCUUACGCGCGUACCACCUCGGGCACUCUUAUCGUCGAAAAAGAGUCUAGUAAAAAUGUGGAACAUUCAAGCCACAGAAGCCAUCGUCUCAGCAACGAUGGCAGCGAGAGCGAGGAGGAAGUUCAACUUCGCAUGCUGGCGAAGCGUUCAUCAAGGUCCCCGGCCGUGUCUGCCAGCACGCGGUCUGUUAGCUACUCUGCGACUUUGACUGCUAGCUACACCUUGAAUGAUGACAUCCACGAAGACAGGGAAAACUGGGGAGAGGCCGGAUACGCUGCACCAAAGACUCCUGUGAGUAGCAAGAACGGAAACGGUGUUAUUUCUGUGGGCAAGGUCAGGACGAGCCCUCGCCGCGUGACAGAUACCCGGAGCGACUCCAAAGGUGUUCGGAAGACUAGUGGUCGAAUCGGCAGCACAGGCAGUCCCACGAGAGUGAAAUGA